GCCUAGGCAAAAGCUGGUAAGGGAAGGGUUAACGUUGGAUGGCACCGCUGCCACUUAAACAAGAGGCUUACCCGAUCCUGCCCAGGCAGAAGAGCAAAACACGCUCUUGUCUGGUCAGCUGUGGCCAGGGGAAACAGACGCCAAAGGAGAUGUCAUGAAAAAGCGGCUUGGAUUAAUUGGGUCCCCUUACCAGAACGCUCUCCGGAGCCUGGCCCACGCCUCUAAGCCCCCUGGAAAAUGAACGCAGCCGAUCAGACUCUAUAGACGGCUUAAGGUCCACCGCUACGACCCACCAUGGAUCUCUCCUUCAUGGCAGCUCAGCUCCCCGUCAUGGGAGGGGCCUUCAUGGAUUCUCCCAACGACGAAUUCGGAACAGAGUAUUCCUUAUUCAACUCCUCCGCCAAUGUCCACGCGGCUUCCAUCGCCCAGAGCCCCCCGGAAGAACCCGCGCGCUCCUCCAACGACGCCAUCUUGCUAUGGAUUGCCAUCAUCGCCACCAUCGGGAACAUUGUGGUCGUUGGCGUGGUCUACGCCUUCACUUUCUAAGAAGAAGACGAGAAUGUCAGACGCUUCAAGAGACAAACAAUAUUUUUUAUUAAUGUGCGUACCGCGUUCAUUAUUUAGACCCUGUCAGACCUAAAAAAGAAAAUGAUCAUGAAACAUUUAACGUGCGGGAACGACGGUUCAUUGUGAAGUGUAAAUAAUCUAAAGACGCGCCGCGGUCACACUCUACGGAGACCAGGGGCCACCGACCGCUUCCUUGCCUACAGAGAUGGAAAAGGCGGCUGUAAUUCACAUAGCAACACUGGAAGACUGGAAAAUGACUGCAGCGUUCACUCUGG